UUAUGACGGCAGGGGUUUUGAAAAACGGCCAAAACGGAGAAAUUUUUGUGUGCGAAGUCUGAGUACACUGUGUUUUAGAUAAGUGGUCAAAAAGGCCAGAUGGCAACUCUGGCCACUUCAAUGAGGUAAAAAAAAUUUUCUACCUCAUUGGGCCACUUUUGCAAGCCUCUUUUUCAAACGGGACUGCCUUGAUUUGAAAUUUAGCAUAACGUUGUAUUGUAAUUGUAUUGCAAAUGAUUUUUCAGCAAAUCUAGCUGGAUUAUAACAUAUCAAAAGAUUAAUUACACGACUGACAUGAUACUAAAAAAGGUAUAUGCAUACGAGACAAAAGACGAUUGUUGAAGUGCAAAACCCAGUUUAACGACAUUGGAUUUUGGCGGCUGAAAAGCAGAGUGCUGUACUUCUGCGUGUAAAUCGCCUAUGAACGCUAAACAGAUAUUAAAGUUUUUAGGAUUUGCGUUACGGUUGGACUCAAAGUGAUCUGAUAUACAUUCGGUAUGUGGUGUGUUUUUCCAGAGAGUAAGAGAUGGGCUGUUGUUUUUCUAGUUAAUGGAUAUAGACAGGUGUUAUAAUGGCUUCAAAAAGUUCCAGCAAGGCUGAUGAUCUUCAAUUGCAAGAAAAGGCAACAAGUAGUAUUGGAGCUGAUGCCAUUGCUGUUGAGGACAAAUGCUUCAUUUAUGACACAAAUGACCUGCACUUUCAAUUUAUAAACUGGCCUCCUGAUGCAGAGAGUUUUACACAAAGUAAAUUUGAUGAAAUUUUAUCAGAAAAAUGGGAUAUUGCAAUGGAAAAUGGUACUUUUAAUUACAACUUGGAUGAAGUUAGAAGAAGAAAGAUAAACGGAAAAUAUGAAUUUAUUGCACAGCUUAAUUCAAAAAGAUUUAAGGAAAGACGAAAACCGCAAGAGAUCGAUUCCGUCAGACAGCCGUUUAGAAAAGACAAAUUCAACUUCACCAAAGUGAAAGAGAAUGAGAUUUUGUUUAAAAUGAAAUCAGCAGAAUACAAAACCAAGGAGAGCAAAAAGGUAGAGGAAAACCUGGUUAUCGUCAAUAUUAGCCCAAUUGAUUAUGGUCAUGUGCUGCUUGUUCCAGAUGCCACUGCCCUGCAUUCACAGGCUCUAACAUAUGACGCUGUGAAGUUGUCAAUCGACGUCUGUCUUCUUAGCACUCACAGGGGCCUUAGGAUUGGUUUCAAUAGUUUAUGUGCAUUUGCUUCAGUCAAUCAUUUACAUCUUCACAUAAUUUAUGUAAAUUAUGUUCUACCGAUUGACAAAGUUAGUGUUUCAGAAAUCUGCAAUGGUUUAUACGAAAUAGCUGAUUAUGCUGUUCACGGUUUUGCAUUGCAAAUUGAAAAUCGAGAUAUUGAAAAGCUUGCGAGGAGGGUAACAGCAAUCACGUCUUACUUAUACGAGAAUGAAAUCGCCCAUAAUUUGUUCAUAUGCCGACAGAAAGCUUUGCCUUUGAAGAAUGCACAGGAUAACAAUGACCCAGAAGCUGAAAGCACUGUUAGGGUUUUUAUAUUUCCAAAAUUAUCUGCCCCAGGAAUCAAAGAUACUAGAUAUAUGAACAGUUGCUGCUAUGAUUUAGCUGGUUAUUUGUUGCUUAAAGAUGAAGAAGAAUUUGAAAGUUUGAAUGAAGUUGAUGUUAUUGAAACCCUGAACAAAUUUUGCUUACGAGAAGAUGAAUUUGCUGACUUGAGAGACGCAAUUUCAUUGUUAUUACUAAAUCUAAGACUUUAAAUUUAGUCAAUCGUACAUUUUUCAUUAUUUGCGUGAAUGAAUUCAUUCUUAUACAAGAUUUAAUAGGCACAUAUUUUAAAAUAGAAAUUUAGAAAUGUCUCAGUCAUAAUUAACAUGUUUAUAUUAACAAUCUUUUUGUGGUACAAAGUUUAAAAAUGGCUUUGAAAAAAGCAAACAUUUUGAGUCAUACUAUAGCUUUUUGCCUGACACGCUUCAGAGUAGAAGACGUCAGAACAUAGAUCAAAAUACUACGCUAGGAAAUAUAUAUACCCAGUUGUUGAUCAUAAUAGGCAAGCAGCACUGAUUGGGCAACCUCAACAGUCAUGUGAUCGCAUUUCUGAUUGGCCAAUUUUGAUCCACAACUGGGUAUAUAUAUAUAUCUUAUAGCGAAAUGUCAACCAAGUUGUUUUUUUAUUGAGCAUCUAUAUAUAUAUAUUUAUAUUUCCUAUCCUAGUGUUUUGAUUUAUGUUAUGACGUUUUAUACUCUGAAGAGUGACUCAAAAUGUUUGCUAUUUUCAAAGCAAUGAAUAUUUUUAAAUACAAUAAAGAGGCAUUCUUAUAAGGCCUACUGGGUUCCUUGUUUUUAUCAAUGAAAUUAACUUAUUUUCAUAAAAUGCUGUGGGCGUGUUUUCUUCUGAGAAGAUUUUCUACAGAAGCAUUCUUCGGAACAGGAUUAGUAACAACUAAAUUUUCAAGAGUUUCUGGAAAUUGAAAUUCACCGAUAUUUUGAGGUAGAAAUGAUGAAACGUCUGAAAAAUGAGUUUUCAAAAUGAACUUUCCCCAAAUUCCAUUCGUAGUGUAGGCAAAAUGUGUAGGCAUUUAAAGAACAUAGCGCUUCAUGAAAUAUCCCUCAGAAUGUCAUAAAAUAUGCCAACUGCACAUUUCAAUCAUUUUUGGACCAAGUGGACGAGAAGAGAAACAAGUGCCAUUUUUAAUAGAGGCGUUAGCUGAUUUAGCUGUUUGCUGAUUUUUUCCUUUUAGGCCAUUCCUAUCCCAUCCUAGCGUUAGGAUUCAUUUAAAAAUAUUCUGCAAGUUUUGGUGACAUCCACCCUUGAUGUCACAGUCUCCAUGAUUUAGUCUCGGAAAUCAUCAUGUGACGCUAUCAUCUAAAUAACAAUUGCCAUAUGUAACUCAACUUGUUGCUAGAUGGAAACAUUGCCGGUGAACCCUGUUCAGAUAUUCUUACGAAGAUAGCCCUGGUAAUGCUUUGGCAUCUAGGACAAUCUGAUGUUCAUUGGACAAAAUUAUAAUGAUUGAUGUGUUCAAGAUAAGCAAACGUGUUUCAAAAGUAGCCAUACAGACGGAUAAAGAGGUGCCUUUUUGAGUGAACACAGGGUCGAUAAAUUCAAAUAAUAAGGCCGAUAAAUUCUGGUAAACCAAAAUGACUGACUGGCUCUAAUUAUACAGUAUGUUUUAUCAAUACAUCAUGAAAAAUAUGCAACAAUACAGCAAAGAAUAUACAUAUUAAGUAUGGCUAAGUGUAUUAUAAAUUGUUAAAAUAUUGGUUGAGUGCUUGUUACGUGUGUCGUGCAAAGUAUGUUAGUAAUCACUUGCAACUGGUUCUUAUAUUCUGAUGUGAUGACGUCAUUUUCCAACGA